GUGCCGUAAAGCGAACCCGGAAGUCGCGCGGCCCCGUCAGAGGAAACUAUGGGGGCCCCUUGCCGCCCCGCCCGGGGUCCCGUUCUCCUUAGGCGUGGCCGGUCCUCGCUGUUAUGGCCGUUGCUGCUAUUCAUGACGGCCGGGCCGUUGCUGAAGCCCGGCCUGGCCCUGCAGAAUGUCACCUCGCAGCUUUUCGGGGCCGAGGCUUUCGGGACUCUGGCCGCCUUCGGGGACUUCAACUCCGACAAGCAGACCGACCUCUUCGUGCUGAGGAGAGAGAGUGAAUUAAAUAUCUUCCUUGCGGACCAAAAUGAGCCCUACUUUAAGCCGAAAGUCAAAUUACUAUUAAGGGAUGUUGUGAUAACCAGUGUAGUUCCUGGGGAUUAUGACGGUGAUUCGCAAAUGGAUGUCCUUUUGACAACUCGUCCACGAGAACAGCCCAAUGCUGACCUAUCUGUCUGGAUUUUCUGGGGAAAUAAUCAAACUUUAGAUAUAAAUCGUAAAUUUGUAGCAAACAGGACAUUUUCUGAUGAACCAUUAAUCAUGGAUUUCAAUGGUGAUUUAAUUCCUGACAUCUUUGGAGUUACCAGUGAAUCAAAAAGGCCAGAAAUACUAAUUGGCAGGAAUUUAACGUGGCAGCAAAUGCCGGAUGCCGACCGUGCGAUGUUGAAGCCUCAUUCCCAUGCAUUCAUCGAUAUGAAUCAGGACUUCACAGCAGAUUUGUUCCUGACAACGUUGUCCAAAUCUGGAGAAGCUCAGUUUGAGAUAUGGGUGAAUCAGGAUGGAGAUUUUGCCAAACCUCAACACAUAAAGGAAAAACCGAAGGAUGCGGUUGUUGUAGGACAAUCAGUAUUUGCUGAUUUUGAUGGUGACGGGCAGACCGAACACUUGCUGCCAGCUUGUGCAGAUACAGCUUGUCAAAAAAGUGUCAUCUACCUAUCUAAGCCGGGACUGGAUGAGUGGUUUCCAGUGUUGCAGAAUUUCUCGGAUGGCGUAAAUGUAUGGGGUUUUGUUCCAUAUAGCAAUGAUCCGACCGCAGAUGAAAUUUCCUUUCCAAUCACUCUUCAUAUUGGAGAUUAUAACAUGGAUGGCUAUCCGGAUGCCCUUGCUAUCCUGAAAAACACGUCAGGAAGCAACCAACAGGCCUUCCUGUUAGAGAAUGAGGAAUGCAGGGACGCCAGCUGCAAGGGUGCGCGGCGUUCGUUCAAGGUUCAUUGGGCGCUGUCCGAUCUAAAUCAAAUCAAGGAUGCUAUGGUGGCCACCUUCUUCGACAUUUACGAAGACGGAAUCUUGGAUAUAAUUGUCCUCAGCAAGAAUUCUCCUAAAAAAGAGCUUGCUAUCCACGCAUUAAAAAAUAACUUUGAAGCAGAUGCCUACUUUGUUAAAGUCAUUGUUCUCAGUGGCCUUUGCUCAAACGACUGUCCUCGCAAGAUAACACCUUUUGGUGUGAAUCAACCUGGACCUUAUAUUAAGUAUACAACUGUCGAUGCCAAUGGAUACUUGAAAAAUGGGUCAGCUGGACAGCUGAGUCAGUCUGCACAUUUCGCCCUGCAGCUUCCAUACACUGUUUUAGGUUUGGGCCGAAGCGCUAACUUUCUCGAUCAUUUAUUCGUCGGCAUCCCUCGUCCCUCGGGUGAAAAGGCUACCAGAAAACAAGAAUGGACAGCCAUCAUCCCAAAUUCCCAGCUUAUUGUCAUUCCGUUUCCCCAUCACCUUCCUCGAAGCUGGAGCGCUAAGCUUUACCUGACCCCGAGUAACAUCGUACUGCUAACAGCAAUUGCCUUAAUAGGAGUCUGUGUCUUCAUUCUAGCCAUCAUUGGCAUACUGCACUGGCAGGAGAAGAAAGCGGACGAUCGCGAGAAAAGGCAAGAAGCGCACCGAUUCCACUUCGAUGCCAUGUGAUCGACCUUUCUAUCUCGAUGGAGGAACUACCGUUCGAUCCAAACUAACCUACCGAAUCACAUACAGACCGAAGGAGGAAGCAUUUUUGCUGUGGUAUUUGUAAAUGUUGUUUUGUUUGUUUCCUUUUAAUUUAUUUGUAAAGCGAUAGCCUCGAGCCCAUUUCAGAGGAUGGAUUGUAUAUAUUCGCCAUUGUCUUUUAUUUAAUAAAUUCCUCUCUCCCCCACCCCCCGUAGAUCCUACUGCUGUGAUGGCGAACCUAUGGCACGCAUGUGGGCAUGCCCGCCAUCACCCCAGCUCAGCCAGCUGGUCGUCGGGUUCCCAGCGCUCUGGGAUAUACACACACGCCUUCCGAUUUGGGCACACUGUGUCUAAAAGGUUCGCCAUCGCUGUUCUACUGCAUGCAUUCCAUAUUCUCACUUUCUUCCCUUAUAACUGUCUUUCCUGAAAAGACGGUUCUGCGUAAAUUGAAGUUUCAGUGAGCCAAGACAAAAAAACCAAAAAGAAAACCCCAACCCUAGUGCCACUUGACUAAGUCCGAUGGUCAUUUAUCUCUUUCCAAAAAUCAUGACGUCCACGUUUAUAAUUUAAUCCUCCAGCAAAACGGUUAGAUUCUCCUGAUUGUACCGGGAGACGUUUUGACUUGAAAUGCUUUGGAUUGUUUUGUCUUAAUCUUUGUAUCCAAUCAAGUGCAAAGAAAAGCUGAAGGCCGGAAGAUUAAAGCACCCUAAUAAUAUUGGAGCAAAAAAAGACUUGAUUCACAGAUCAGAAACAAAAUCAACCUAAGGCAGGCUGCCUUUUGAAAUUAUGCCAGCCUAAAAUCACCACCAGGAUAUAUACCCCUUGUUCAUUGUUAUCAUGCAAUUAUCCUAAAUUUUAAUCAGGAAAACAGCCGAUAGGUUAAAAAUAAAAAUUUAAAAACAUGUGGAAAAAAAGAAAAAAAGGAUCAGAGCAUGCUCCUCCAAGGAAAAAUUGUGCCUCUCCGCAGCCUGUUACGAUGAAGGGCUGGACUAGACUAUGUUAUGAUUUCCUUCUAAUCUUCUCGUUGCAUACCAAACCAUGUCUAUGCGCAAAGAGAAUCCCAGCCUUUUCCGAAUAAGAAUUAGGCUGCGGCUAUUUGAUUAAGAAAACUAUUGGAAGCAAGUCUUUUUAUGUAAAGCCUCCGUUGCUUUCUUCCUUAUAUUUGGUUUCUGGUUUUUAAACAUUCUUGGCCUGUAUUCCUAAUAAACAAUGUCCAUUACGUUAA